GACGCAAACUAUCUUUUUCACGUCUCUUGUCCCGCACACUCCUCACUCCAACUGCCCCACCUCCUGUAUUCCCUCGCAGCCUCCACUUUGGAUCACGACCGUCUUCUGCAUCACCACCACCGGGACUCCGCUAAGCAACUCUGCCGGGGAGGAGGUGCACACACGCGGGCUGAGGACCAUGGAGAGCGCAGGCAACGGCUCGGAUGCGGAUUACGGGAGCCACUUCGCAGCGUUUUACAACACCAGCAGCGUCGGUGGUGGCAGUUUGUGUCGGAACCUGACCGGGGUCUCCAACAUUACGGAGGCGCGGUGCGAGAGCGAGGGAACGCUGAGCGGCAGACCGGACGACGGCGACUCGAACCCGGUGAUCAUCGCCAUCGUCAUCACGGCUCUCUACUCCAUUGUGUGCGUGGUGGGGCUGGUGGGCAACGUGCUCGUCAUGUACAUCAUCGUUAGGUACACCAAGAUGAAGACGGCCACCAACAUCUACAUCUUCAACCUGGCGCUGGCAGACGCCCUGGUCACCAGCACGCUGCCCUUCCAGAGCGUCAACUACCUGAUGGGGACGUGGCCCUUCGGGGACAUCCUGUGCAAGAUGGCGAUGUCCAUCGACUACUACAACAUGUUCAUCUCCAUCUUCACGCUCACCACCAUGAGCAUCGACCGCUACGUGGCCGUCUGCCACCCGGUCAAGGCCCUGGACUUCAGGACGCCGCGCAACGCCAAGAUCGUCAACGUCUGCAACUGGAUCCUGUCGUCCGCCAUCGGUCUGCCCGUCAUGUUCAUGGCCUCCACGGUCGUCACGCCCUCCAGCAUUGUUGACUGCAAGCUGAUUUUCCCCCACCCCUCCUGGUACUGGGACACCAUGCUGAAGAUCUGCGUCUUCAUCUUUGCCUUCAUCAUGCCCGUCCUCAUCAUCACCGUGUGCUACGGCCUCAUGAUCCUGCGCCUCAAAAGCGUCCGCAUGCUGUCGGGUUCGCAGGAGAAAGACAGGAACCUGCGUCGGAUCACACGCAUGGUCCUCGUGGUGGUGGCGGUCUUCAUCGUGUGCUGGACGCCCAUCCACAUCUUUGUCAUCAUCACCGCCCUCAUCAACAUCCCCAGCUCCACCCUGCAGACCAUCACCUGGCACUUCUGCAUCGCCCUGGGCUACACCAACAGCAGCCUGAACCCGGUUCUCUACGGCUACUUGGACGAGAACUUCAAGCGUUGUUUCCGUGAGUUCUGCUCGUCCAGCCCCUCGUUGCUCGAGCUCCAGAAUUCGUCCCGGGCCGCCGCGGCGAGACGCAAGGCGCCGCAACGCGAGCGCAACAGCACGCAGACGGCAGAAAGGUCCAAUCAGCAGGUAUGACUAGCCGUGGAGGAGUCGUACGUUGACUCUCGCCGCAUCGCCAACGACGAUCUCAACUCGGAACUCACACAAGUCACCACGGGGCUCUAAUUACUUUACACACGCGCUAACUUUGAUAUGCUGGAUGCUAAAGCCGCCAUCAUUCGCCAAAGGGUGGAGGUGGCGCCGACGACGCUGCACUGAAACGUGCAUUCAUGUUCACUGGUGGGUGAAUUGUGAUUAAAGUGAUCUCGCCUGCCAUUGUGACAACGCAGACAAACAGAAGACAGAAGACACGUAUUAUCUCUAAAUGCGUGUAUCAUCAUAACGCCCCCCCGAAAAUGCAUAAGCAGACACUUUAUUAGGUACACUCCCAUCCAACUCAAUCCAAUUCCAGAAAAAUCCAAUUAAAAAAUAACGCUGUUCCAGUCCAGUCCUGCAGGGGGCGGUAAUGAACGCGGCGUAUUUGGGUCUACAUUGAACAAAAACAAAAGAGAUUUCCAGAAUAAAGUCAUACAUUUCAGAGAAAAAAAAUGUUACAUUUGACCAGGGCCGAAGGUCACAAAAGUCCCCCUUUUCAUAGCCGUCUCAGGCAAUGCCUGUUCCAAAUGUUAGAAUCAAGUCGUACAUUUUCGAGAGAAAACUGGUAACUUUAUGUUCCCGGCAUUGCCUGAGGCAGCUAUGAACGGGGGGAACUUAUGUGACCUUUGGCCUGGGGCAUGUGGAGGGGGCGGGGCAUGUGGAGGCGGACGUGAGAAGGGCUAGACAUGCUAAUCUGUUUGUGCUCACCUGCUCUCUUUUGCUGCCUCGUUAUAAGUAAAAGCUUGCCUGGAGCAGGAAGAAAGUGUCCUGCCUUCCGGAAGAGCUGUGCUCUAUUUCCCCGCCGCCGCGUACGCCGCCGUCACACCUCAUGUUAUGACUUCACUCUAUUCUCGUAUUAUUACCAUUUUUUUAUCGUAAAUUGACGACUUUAUUCUCGAAAUCUACAUUUUUUGUUUCCAACGUGGCGCUAAUGCCACUGUUUGAAUGUUUUGUGUUUUUUACACAACGGCUCCAUCUGCUGGUUCUCAUGGGUCAUUUCCCGAUUUGGCCCCCGAUGCAUGUGUACCGUAACAUGAAAAAGCCAAAAUAAAUGACUCUGAACCAGAUAUGCACCGAAAUGUAACACUUUUUUCCUUCGCCCCUGUGCCAAUCUGCUAGAAAAUGUCUUGAAAUGUUCAUUUUUGUGCAGUGGCGCUACCUAGCUAACUGGCCAGGAUCAGAAGGGAAUAACUCGCUGGUUGUUUUUUGUUUUGUUUUGCACUUGGCUGAGGUAAUCAUCAGAUCAUUUUGUGCACGUGUUUGUGCAAGUGCCAUGUGACACUGUAUACACAUACAGUAAGUGUUGUAUCUUUAAUUACCUUAACGUAUACUUUACUUGUCUGUGUAAAAAGUAUUCCCAAGGCGUGCCUGGACUUUUGACGACAGACAUGAAGCAGAUCUGCACGUUCUCUCUGUGUGUAAAAUUCACUCUCCAGAAUGAAGGCAAAGCAGCUGCGUUGGCCACACCGGACUCGAUUUGAAAGCGGAUGCAUUAGCGUGUGUUUGCACAGUGCAGCCGGCGUACACGUUACGACAAAGAGCGUGAUUAACUGCGCCAUUACGGAGGGUCUGAGUGCACACGGAUGGAUCUUCAACGUGCCACACGCACACAUUUGCAGGAUUGUAUGGACGGUAUUUGUGGCGUAGCCGUUGGGAUUGCUGGUGAUUAAGUGUCUCGUGCGCUAUGCUUUGUAUUCACACUGCCUGGCCAAAAAAUGCAACAAAAAAAAAAUCUAAAUUAAAAAUAGAAAAGUGACCACCUUUAUUUAUUACAUGUUAUUUUUAAGUGAUUUCUCCCAGCCAAUCAGAGUGGAAAGGUAAUAAUAAUAAUAAUAAUCAUGGAAAAUGAACAUAAAUCAAACUUUGGUCAAACUUUUUCCAGCUCGGGCCGCAAAUGGAAACGUCAAAGGAUGUGGGGGCCAUUUUGAUACGUUUUCUUUUGUAUAAAGGCUAUGCAAAAAAAGUGGUACAGCGUAUUAUUAUUCAUCUUUCUGCUUUGUUGCUGUUGUUUUUGUGUUUCAUUUGAUUUCGAGAAUGUGCCAAUAAGAAACGAGCUGCGGGCCUCCAGUGGCCGCUGGGUUGUAGUCUGGACACCCCUGAUGUAAAUACUUUUUUUUUUAAUUACACGUAUUAUAUUCAAAGACAAGAAGUAUUUGAAACUGAUGAAUAAUAAGAAUAAAUAUAAUGGCACUGUAAAAAAAUAAAUAAAUCAAAAAUAGAACAAAAUAUGUCCCAAAAAAAGCAAGUAAAAAAAAUGCCUCAUCAUUUUUUGGGAGGUUCAAUUUUUUAAUUCAUGUUUAUUAUUUAUGCAUUUAUGCAAGCAUGCAAAUGUAGACACGCCUUCAAUUGGAUUGUUAACGCAGCGAUUCAUUAGAAAACAUACGCUGAUGAAUAAUUACCAAUGGAACUAUGCACUGCUCAAAAACAAGUACAGGAAACCGAGUAAAGAAAUGUCUGGCGUUCAUAUUUUAAAUGUAUGAGUAUUAUUAUUUGUACGCAAUGAAGCAAAUGUAUACACGCCUUCAAGUGGGGUAUGAACGCAACGGCAUGUUAGACUGCAUCCUCCAAAAUAAUAUCCAUUUCAAAAUGAUGUUUGUGACUCUAUGACCGAGAAUGAAGUCGGAAAUGUAUGACUUUUUUUCUCAUGAAUUUACUCAUUUAUUCUCGGAAAGUUACCACUUUAUUCUCGAAAUCUCAGAUGUUUUUAUAAAGUCGUUUAUGAAAGAAUAAAGUCAAAAAUAUACAAGGAAAAUAAAGUUGGAAAUUUACGGGAAUAAAGUCGUACAUUUAUGACUUUUUUCUCAUUAAUUUACAAAUGUAUUUUCGAAAUCUCCGAUUUUUUUAUAAAGUCGUUUAUAAAAGAUUAAAGUCGUAAAUUUAGAAGAAAAAAAGUUGGAAAUUCACAAGAAAAAAAGUUGUACAUUUACGAGAAUAAAGUCGUAUGUUUAUGAAAAGGGGAGACAUGUGACCUUUGGCCUUGGUCAUGUGGAGGGGGCGGAGUAAGAGAGGCGGAAGACGUGCUAAUCUGUUGGAGUUCCACUGCUCUGUUUUUCCGCCACGUUAGAAAUAAAAGCUGGCCUGAAGCAAAAGGAAAGUUUCCUUCCUUCCUGAAGAGCUGUGCUCUCUGGCUCAUCGUAUUUCCACUUUCUUCUCGUACAUUUCACAACUUUACUCUUGUGAACGUACGACUUUAUUAUCGGGAAUCUACGACUUUUUUCCUCAUCAUUUCACGACUUCAUUCUUGGAAAUAUACAACUUUUUUUUCUCGUAAAUUCACGACUUUAUUCCCAAAAUGUCGUUUUUUUCUCCCCCUCAAUGCGGCCCAAAUACUAUUACUAUUACUGUCACGUGUAACCCAAACCUUCUCUUGGAAAAAAUGAAUAUUAUUUAUUAUUCAAAUUCAUUCAUUUCUUUUUAAACAACUGCAGUCAAACCGGUGAUCAAAAAUGAUUUGAAAAUGCAGGGAAAACGUGGAAAAAUCAACUACACGUUCCAAUCCAAUUAAAUGUUCGAAAAUAAGCAGCGGUAGUCACUCCGUUUUCAUCUCCGCUAUCAGUACGACUCUCUUUGCUUUGCGGACGGGCCGCUCGCAUUUCCUGAACAUCCCUGAGGUCACACACCCGGGGGACCAAUAAAGGUUCUAUCAAAUGUAAUCUACGCAAAAAGACUGCAACAGAAAGAGAUAAAAGUGGCUUUUGCCCAAACAAGCUGCUUGGAUAAUGAUGAUGGAAGAGGAGGAGGAGGAGGAGGAGGAGGAGGAGAUAUUUCCGGAAAACAACAUCUUGAAAGCUUGUGAUGAAAAAGCACUUUGAUGGUUUUCGGCGAAGACAAAUCUACGAAGGCUUCGUUUAAUAGUGCAACAGAGAGAUAGUUGAAAAUAUAGCUUAUUUUUACGCUUGCACGACAGCGUGAAAAUGUUCCUAAAAGGUUGUUGGAUGGCCACAGCUUGAGCCAGGAACACACGGAUGCCUUUAUUCUCUACUUCCACUGUUUCACCGCAUUUACCCGGAAUAACCUCAGAUGCCAACCAGGAUCGGCUGGGCAGUCUUGCCGUGAAGGAGGGCUUAUCUUUAAAGAUGAAGCCGGUGAGAAUCUUUGUCCCGCGCUGUUGCCAUGGUGAAAAAUCAACGUGUCUCCAUUGGGAAAUAAACGUGACGCCGCACAGAGGAAGCCAAAGUAAAGGUGGUCAACCGUAAUAUCAAGAUAACAUCGUGUGCCUUUUUUAGUGAUUUAAAAAAUAAUAAUUUUGGCCAGUCAGUCAUCGCCAGCUGCCUUUCAAUACGUGAUACGCUGAGUGCUCGUGUUUUUUUACAGAGUUGAUGCAUCGCUUUGUGAUUUAAUAUACAGUAUAUGUUAUCUUGCUCUUUAUUUGUCCUUUUUUCAACAAAUGUACCUUGACAACCAUUAAAAACGGUAAUUUGCUGUAUGGUGAUGAUGAUGACGAUGCUUCAGCUGUGGUCUCAACGUGUGUAAAAACCUUCAGCCAACUGUCUCGUUGUUGCUGCUUUGGUGGUGCACGUGCAGUGCAGCUGACUUGUUGUGUUCAUGUGUGUACGGGACAUUUCAACCAUAUUAAAGCUGCGCAAAGGCUAUUUUUAAAAGAGUCCAGGAUUCCAGGAUUCAGGAAAAACAUGAAAAAGUGUCACACAGCAGUAUUUCACCGCCCAAAAAAUGGAAAAAGUCACAUGAAUACCAUUUUUCCUUUCAUUUGAAAUAGAAUAAGUGGGAGAAAACAAAGUUUCAAAAGGGAACCCGAAAUGACAACAUCAUACAAGAGCUGCCAUUAAAAAGACGACACAUGACAGAAACUGAUCAUUGAUCAAAGAAAAUACGAAUCAUCCCACAUGUGACAGGCGCACACGGACUCAUGAGACAUUUGACAUUUUUUUGGAAUAACAAAAAUAAGUGUUUUGGUUAUAUAUUUUUUAUUUAAUAUUUGUUUAUGCUAAAAAAAUGAGGUUUGUUUAGGCUAAAAAUGAUAUCCUCCAUAUGACAGGCAUGCUCUGUCUGCACUUUUUAAGAUGUUUAAUAAUCAUUUUAAAACUAUUUUAAAAUGAGAAACAUAUUUGUUUUGUGUUAAUUUUAUGUAGUUUUAAAAUCUGCUUUUUU